CUUCACUGAAGAGAUAUAGUGAGAUUUCUUUUCAAAUUAACAACAAUGGGAAGAAUGGGUUGUGCUGCAAUUAUAAUCUUGAGUGUUUUAGGCUUUUUGGGUCCUGUUCUAGCUGAUCUGCAGAUGGACUUCUAUGCUCAAACUUGCCCAAAAGCUGAGAAAAUUGUAUUAGAUUAUGUGAAAAAGCAUAUCCCCCAUGCUCCAUCUUUGGCUUCAGCUUUGCUGAGAAUGCAUUUUCAUGACUGCUUUGUGAGGGGUUGUGAUGCAUCAGUGCUCUUGAAUUCUACAUCAAAUAACCAAGCUGAAAAAUCUGCAAUUCCAAACCUCACUCUCAGAGGCUUUGGCUUCAUUGAUGGAGUAAAAAGCUUGGUGGAGGCUGAGUGUCCUGGUGUAGUUUCUUGUGCUGACAUUAUUGCUUUGGUUGCAAGAGACUCAGUAGCCACAAUAGGAGGACCCACUUGGGAAGUUCCUACUGGAAGAAGAGAUGGACUCAUUUCAAAUGCUACAGAGGCUUUAAACAAUAUCCCUUCUCCAUUUAGCAAUUUCACCACUCUAGUAUCAAAGUUCUCUAGCAAAGGACUUGAUGUGAAAGAUCUUGUUCUCUUAUCUGGUGCCCACACAAUUGGUAUUGCUCACUGCAAUCAAUCAUUCGCCCUCCGCCUCUACAAUUUCUCCGGUCAUGGCGACGAAGAUCCUUCUUUAGAUAGUGAGUAUGCUGUGCAUCUGAAAGAAAAGUGCAAGACUCCACUAGAUAACACAACAAUAUUUGAGAUGGAUCCAGGAAGUUUCAGAACAUUUGAUCUGAGUUACUACAAACUUGUACUUAAAAGAAGAGGUUUGUUUGAGUCUGAUGCAGCUCUGCUCACAAACUCAGCUUCAAAAUCUGAAAUUAUUCAGCUUGCACAGGGCACACUUUCUAAUUUCUAUACAGAGUUUGGCAAUUCCAUGAUGAAGAUGGGAAAGGUUGGUGUUAAGACUGGAUCAUCAGGUGAGAUUAGGAAGAAUUGUGCAGUGUUGAAUAGCUAAGUUGAUCAGGAUCUGAUUCUGUUCUUCAGCUUCUUUGGAACUGUGGAUUGUGAUAAUAAAGAGUCCAAUUAAUUUUAUUU